AUGCCGAGAAAAACUGGCGUAUUCUUUCAGAGCUUGCCUUCGAGGUGUCAACCAGUCACUGUAGAUGUCGGCAGCAACAACCCUGUUCUGAGAUUUGGGCAGAAGGGGAGCCAGCAGGGGCAGUUUGACACUCCUAUAGAUGUAGCAGUCAGGGGGAACAGGCUGUAUGUCGCUGAUACUGAGAACAAUCGUGUUCAGGUGUUUGAUCUGAGUGGGAAGUUUUGCUCCACAUUUCCAACUGCAUCCCCUAGAUCAGUUGCAAUUGACCCCUAUGGCCUGGCAAUACAGAGGGAUGGGAGGGUUGUUGUAGCUGAUUAUAGCAAGCACAGUGUCUUCCUCUUUGAGGCAGAUUGGACACCGGUGAAACAGGUGGGAGGACAGGGAAAGGGGGAGGGACAAUUUGAUGAGCCAUAUUUUGUCUGUGUGGAUAAAGAAGACAACAUCAUUGUGGCAGAUACAAACAACAACCGUGUUCAGGUGUUUGACAAGAAUCUGAACUUUCGACACAAGUUUGGUCAGAAUUUGAAGGGCAGGCAGCAGCCAUGGGGCAUGUGGGGUCCUAUGGGGGUGUCAGCUGACAGCAAGGGAAACAUAGUUCUGGGGAACAUUGGGGAGGAAUCUGAUGUGGGUGGUGUAGAACAUGGCAGGAAGCUUCAGGUGUUCCGCCUAGAUGGCACCUGGGUGUCCACCAUUAGCAGUGAUGGGGACAAACUAAACUGGCCCCACGGGGUGGCUGUGACAGAGGAUGGACAUGUGUUUGUAGCUGAUACUGAUGAUCAUUGUAUCAGAAAGUACAGAUACAUGUAAGGGACAAAAGUUUUCCCUUCAAAAUGUCUUCAUUGUUUUUUAAUCUACUCCUUA